AGCUUUGGCUUGCGCGUAUUUUUCCAGUCGCGGACAUCCCACCGCGCAAAGCCUCGCCUUCCCGCGACCCUCAGCCUCCGAUGACUUCCUCGCCCCCGCCCUGCUCGGUGACAGACGGUCUACCGCUUCCAAUCGGAGGCGCCCGUCGCGGGAGUGGCCAAUCGGGAGCUCCGGCGGGCGGGGAAGCCGGGCCAGUUAGAUUUGGCGGUUCAACUUCAACAUGGCCGAAGCAAGUAGCGCCAAUCUAGGCAGCGGCUGUGAGGAAAAAAGGCAUGAGGGGUCGUCUCCAGAAUCUGUGCCACCCGGCACUACCAUUUCGAGGGUGAAGCUCCUCGACACCAUGGUGGACACUUUUCUUCAGAAGCUGGUCGCCGCCGGCAGCUACCAGAGAUUCACUGACUGCUAUAAGCGCUUCUACCAGUUGCAGCCUGAGAUGACACAGCGAAUCUAUGACAAGUUUAUAGCUCAGUUGCAGACAUCUAUCUGGGAGGAAAUCUCUGACAUCAAAGAGGAGGGGAACCUAGAAGCUGUCUUGAAUGCCUUGGAUAAAAUUGUGGAAGAAGGCAAAGUCUGCAAAGAGCCAGCCUGGCGCCCCAGCGGGAUCCCAGAGAAGGAUCUGCACAGUGUCAUGGCACCCUACUUCCUGCAGCAACGGGACACCCUGCGGCGCCAUGUGCAGAAACAGGAGGCCGAGAACCAGCAGCUGGCAGAUGCCGUCCUGGCAGGGCGGAGGCAGGUGGAGGAGCUGCAGCUACAGGUCCAGGCCCGGCAGCAGGCCUGGCAGGCUCUACACAGAGAACAGAGGGAGCUGGUUGCUGUGCUGAGGGAGCCUGAGUGAGGAGACCGCCAGCCCCAGAAGCAGAGGGCAGUCAAGGUCAAGAGCCUGUGGUCCAGCAUGCCUGGCCUGGGCGGGCUGCCUCUGAGAACGGCUGAAAUGGUGCCCAGUCCAUCAGCAGUGAUGGAAUUUGCUGGAGGACUAGGCCAGAGCAAGCCUCACUGCCACUGUGCCUUUGGGGCACCUUUGGGGUUGGACAUACACCCCCUUUAGAUUCCUCUGUUUCUUCUACCUGGAUAAUUCUUGGCCAUGUUCUCUCUUCUCUAGCUUCAGGUCAGCUCUGCCCCUCCGCCCCCCUCCUGCUGGUUCCUCAGCCCUUUUCCCGGGCCUGGCUUGGAGAAUCUGUUUUCAAUCUCCACUGAUUGCCCCCUUGCUGGCCAGCCCAGGGGCCUUUACCAUGUUCUCCCCACAUCCCUAAAUAAACUUCCUCCACUACACUGUAA